UAUCUAAUAGCCUGCACGGACGUUAUUUCAGGGACCUGUCAAAAAAAAAAAAAAAUUUAGGGUUAGGGUUUGAGCAUUCUUUAAAUACACAACAAGAAACACCGUUAUUUUCUCUCUCGUCGCCCACUCCCUCCGUCUUUCUCUAUCUAAAAAUUUCAGAUUCAGUGGGAGAGAUGAUGCAGUCUGGACCUGGCAUGGGGCAACAGCCGCCACAGCAGUACCAGCAGCCCCCGCAGCAGCAGCCGUACGUCAUGAUGCAACCUCAACUUCAGGCGCAGCCGGCCAUGUGGUCUCAAUCCGCCCAACCUCCUCAGCAGCCCGCCAGCGCCGAUGAGGUACGUACUCUCUGGAUCGGCGAUUUGCAGUACUGGAUGGAUGAGAAUUAUCUCUACACCUGCUUCGGUCAAACCGGCGAGGUAACAUCUCUGAAAGUGAUUAGGAAUAAGCAAACCAGUCAAUCGGAAGGUUAUGGUUUUAUCGAGUUUAAUUCUCGUGCUACUGCCGAGAGAGUGCUUCAGACAUAUAACGGAGCCAUUAUGCCUAAUGGUGGCCAGAGCUACAGAUUGAAUUGGGCGACUUUCAGUGCUGGGGAGAGGUCGUCUAGACAGGAUGAUGGUCCUGAUCAUACCAUUUUUGUUGGUGAUUUGGCUGUUGAUGUUACUGAUUACCUUCUUCAGGAGACUUUUAGGGCUCGUUAUAACUCUGUGAAGGGGGCAAAAGUUGUGAUUGAUAGGCUUACUUGUCGGUCUAAGGGUUAUGGUUUUGUUAGAUUUGCUGACGAGAGUGAACAAAUUAGGGCUAUGACUGAGAUGCAAGGGGUUCUUUGUUCAACAAGGCCCAUGAGGAUUGGACCAGCCACUAAUAAAAAUCCUGCCGCCACCACUCAGCAGCCGAAAGCUUCAUAUCAGAACUCUCAAGGUGCACAAAGCGAGAAUGAUCCAAAUAAUACAACUAUUUUUGUUGGCAAUUUGGAUCCUAAUGUCACUGAUGAUCAUCUGAGGCAAGUUUUCAGCCAAUAUGGUGAAUUAGUACAUGUGAAGAUUCCAUCAGGCAAGCGAUGUGGGUUUGUCCAAUUUUCGGACAGGAGCUGUGCAGAAGAGGCUAUACGGGUUCUGAAUGGAACUUUGUUGGGUGGACAAAAUGUUCGUCUUUCAUGGGGUCGCACUCCUUCAAACAAACAGACUCAGCAAGAUCCAAACCAGUGGGGACCAGGUGGUGGAUAUUAUGGAUAUCCUCAGAGUUUUGAAAAUUAUGGUUAUGCUGCUGCUGCUCCUGCUCCUGCUGGACAGGAUCCCAAUGUGUAUGGAAGUUAUCCAGGUUAUGCAGGUUACCAAGCACCACAGCAGCAACAACAGCAAAUGGGAUAUAGCUGAGAACUCACUGCUUCAUAUCUCUGUUCUAAUAGAGAUGCUUCUCCCCUCAUGGAAUAACCGAUUCUUAUCUUUUCCUCCCCUCCUUCCCCCUUUGAUUGCUAGUAACAUUGAAAUUUCAUCGGAACCGGGUUUUGUAUCCCUUCAAAUUUGCUUGCAGAAUACUUAUUUGGUGUUUAGUUUUUGAUGACUGUUAUAUGUUCAAAAAUAGAUUUAUAAUGUCUGUUGUUCAAUACUCUCAGCUAGCUCGCUAUAAAUUUUCAGUACCGAGACAGUGUGCCAAUCAAUAUUUGAAUUGUCUUACAGAUGUCGAAUAAACCUAGUACUGCUUUUCAGAAUUAA